UUGUGUAAAUCAGAAAGCGGAAGCGCUGUCCGUUGCUUCCUCCUGCUGUCCGCCGUGCUCACUGCUGCUGUUUGAAUGAGACCUUUUAAUGAUUAAAUUCAUAUUCAGAUACUUAAUUUGAUAAAAGCAGUUGAAAGUCAUGUCCUCAGACGCUGUGAAGAAGAGAAAGCCGAAGGUCAUCCGAAAUGAAACAGGAACUCCAGAGACCAAGCGAGGUCGAGCAGAAGGCGAUCAGGUCACGUAUCCAGCCGGACCUCAUCUUAUCGGACAGAGGAAGCUGUUUACAGCAAAGACUCAGGACGUCCGUGUGUAUAAUGAGGAGGUGGAGUUGGAGGCCAGGGACCCGCAGCAGGACUACAUGCUGUAUAAGGACACGUGUGCCGCUCUGGCCAAACUGAUGGCGGAAAUCCAGGAGCUGAAAGCCGGCGGCGCGAAAGUCGGAAGCGUGGAGAUCGAGGAGAGACGCACACAGUGCAGCGUUCAUUUCAUUACCCUGAAGAAACUCAACCGCCUGGCGCACAUGCGACUGAAGAAAGGCCGAGACCAGACACAUGAGGCAAAGCAGCGAGUGGAUGUUCUUCAUUUGCAGCUGCAGAAUCUGUUGUAUGAGGUCAUGCACCUGCAGAAAGAGAUCGGCAAAUGUCUCGAGUUCAGGUCUCAGCAUGAGGAGAUUGAGUUGGUCAGUGAAGAGGAGUUUUUUCAGGAGGCUCCGGCUGAGAUCUCACGCCCUCAUGUCACCCGCGAUGACCAACACCAGCUCACGCUCGCCCGCCUGGACUGGGAACUAGAGCAGAGGAAGAGGUUGGCGGAGCAGUAUAAGAUGUCUCUGGCUAGAAAGGAGAAGAUCCAGAAAGCCAUUGAGCAGAAGAGAGAAUAUCUGAGCAGCCUUCAACCUGGACUGCAAAACAUCAUGCAGGCGUCUCUCCCAGUGCAGGAGUAUCUGGCGAUACCGUUUGAGCACAUGCAGAAGCAGGCCGAGGUCUCCCGUCACCUGCCGCCCCCUCUGUACGUGCUGUUGGUCCAGGCGGGUGCGUACGGACAGGCUUGCGACAAAAACCUGUCUGUGAGCAUCAGUGGAGAUGUGGAUGAGGCCAAAGCUCUCUCCAGACCCCCGGAGGACUCGCAAGAUGAUGAAAGUGAUUCAGAUGCUGAAGAGGAGCAACAGAACACAAAGCGCCGGCGUGCGACUGUAGGUGUUCAACUGGAUGACAAGCGUAAAGAGAUGCUGAGACGCCACCCUCUCUCGCUCUGCGUGGACCUCAAGUGCAAAGACGGCAGCGUCCUGCAUCUGUUUUUCUAUUAUCUCAUGAAUCUCAACAUUCUGACUGUGAAGACCAAAGUUUCCACCACUACAGAUCUGUCCGGAGCCGUCAGCGCUGGAGAGCUGCUGAACUCCGAGAGUCUGCUGAACUGUCUUUAUGCAUCUGAUCACGGCAAAGAGACGCCCAACCCUGCCAACCGCUACCAGUUUGAUAAAGUCGGAAUCACUACGUUUGCGGAUUAUGUGUCAGAUCUCGGACAUCCGUAUGUUUGGGUGCAGAAACUGGGUGGCCUGCAGUUCUCGUCUGAUUUCGUUUUACUCGAUAUCUGCAUCGGUUUCUAUGGCAAUGACGACGUGUUGUUUGUUGCAUUAACAAUGCAAUGGGUUUGUUCUGUUCCAGAGCACAGCAUCAUACCUGUCUCCAGCGAGUGCCAACAUCUGUUUCCUGCUAAAGUGGUUUCCGGUCUCAUGCGCUGGACCAUGAUGAGCUACCAGGAAUUCACUGAGCUGGGCUUCGUGCAGCAUGUGUUGAAGGCCGGUCUGGUGCGUGAGACCGAUCUGUUCUUCAUGGCAGUUGUAGAGAGAGGAACAGCUCGUCUGCUGGCCGCUGUGGUGAUGAACCCGCGUUACCCUGAGGUCGCGCCGCUCUUCUCUUUCUCUCUGCACUGGAAAGAAGAGCGCAGCGGGCGCACUGAUGAUAACCUGCGGGCGAUGGAGAGCGAGGUGAACGUGUUCCGCUCCGAGCUGCAGGGGCCACGCCCGGGUCUCCAGCUCCUGACCAAUCAGAUCCAGCGCUUGUGUGUGUGUCUGGAUGUGUAUCUGGAGACGGAGAGUCAAGUGUGUGACGGCUCUGAGGGACCCAAGGAGUUUCCCAGAGAGAAGAUGUGCUUGCGCACUGCCAGGGGUCCGAGCCGUCUGAAGCCCUUCAAGUACAACCAUCCUCAGGGCUUCUUCAGUCACCGCUGAAUCCGGAUUGCAGGAUGAGCGAGACUGCUUUAGUGUUGUUAGGAGGGGCUGAAAUCCCUCUCUCAUUCUCUGUUAUCUACCUUUUAUCUCUAUUCUUUCACCUGUGUUUCUCUGUUUGCUCAUAUAAUGUGAAUUAGAAAAUAAAACACUGAUUUUGAUAAGAAAA